GGAGGCGGGUGUCUCCCCGCCUACAACUUCUCCUUGCCCCCUCACGCGGGGCUCGGACACCGCCCCUCAGCCCGGGGCGCGCUCCCGCAUUGGGCGGCCGCCCCGCGUUCCCUGCCUGUCCCGCGGCGCCGGGCGGCGGCGGCGGCUGCUCAGCAUGGCCCGGGGCGGCGGCGCUGCGCCCCCUGAGCGCGCGGGCCCGGGGCGGCCGCGGAGGGCUCCGCCCGGCCUAGACGCCGAGACCCCCGGCCGGGACGCGGAGUGGCGGGCGGCAAAGUUCGGCUCGGGCCGCCGCGGGUGGUGGGCGCUGCUCGCGCUCCAGAUGCACUUGCUGCGGGCGCUGGCCCAAGAUGAUGUUGCACCCUAUUUUAAAACGGAGCCGGGCCUGCCACAGAUUCACCUGGAAGGGAAUCGCCUGGUCCUCACCUGCCUUGCUGAAGGGAGCUGGCCUUUGGAAUUCAAAUGGAUGCACAAUGACAGUGAGCUCACCACCUACAGCAGCGAAUAUAAGUAUACUAUUUCAUCGUUACAGAAGUUUGAUGCUGGGUUUUACCGGUGCGUGGUGCGAAACAGAAUGGGAGCGCUGUUGCAAAGAAAAUCAGAAGUUCGAGUUGCAUAUAUGGGAAAUUUCAUGGACAUAGACCAGAGGAAAACAGUUUCUCAAGGAGAUGCAGCAGUUCUAAACUUACUGCCCAUCAGCAGCUGCCCCAGACCUCAAGUGACUUGGUUUAGAGAAGGACACAAGAUUAUUCCAAGCAACAGAAUAGCUAUCACCCUGGAGAAUCAGCUGGUGAUCCUUGCAACAACAGCAAGUGAUGCUGGGGCUUACUACGUGCAGGCUGUCAAUGAGAGGAAUGGGGAGAACAAGACAAGCCCAUUCAUUCAUCUGAGCAUAACAACCACAGGAGAUACUGGCACACCUGAAGCCAUGGCUCCCAUCAUUGUGGUUACCCCAGGCAAUAGGAGCGUGGUAGCUGGGUCCAGUGAGACCACCUUGGAGUGCAUAGCCAGUGCCAGGCCUGUGGAAGAGCUGAGUGUGCACUGGAAGAGAAAUGGUGUGAGACUGACCAGCGGGCUCCACAGCUUCGGGAGACGCCUCACCAUCUCCAACCCAACCUCUGCAGACACAGGGCUGUACGUCUGUGAGGCGACACUUCAGGGGAGUGCUUUUGAGCCAGCCCGGGCCAAGGCCUUCCUUUCCAUUAUAGAGCCACCGUAUUUUACUGCUGAGCCCGAGAGUCGGAUUUUAGUUGAAGUGGAAGAGACAGUGGACAUCGCAUGUCGAGCCAUGGGGGUCCCUCUCCCCACCCUCCAGUGGUACAAGGAUGCUGUCUCCAUCAACAAGCUCCAGAACCCUCGGUACCAAGUGCUGCCCAGUGGGGGCCUGCGCAUCCAGAAGCUGCUUCCAGAGGACUCUGGAAUCUUCCAGUGCUUUGCCACUAAUGAAGGAGGGGAGGUCCAGACCCAUACCUACCUGGACGUAACCAAUGUUGCCCCAAUGUUUACCUGGCGUCCAGUUGACACUACAGUGACUGAUGGGAUGACAGCUAUCCUGCGGUGUGAGGUGUCUGGGGCUCCCAAGCCCGCCAUCACAUGGAAGAGAGGAAACCACAUUUUAGCCAGUGGCUCUGUCCGGAUUCCUAGGUUCAUGCUGUUAGAAUCCGGGGGUCUGCAGAUAACCCCUGUGUCCAUCCAAGAUGCCGGCAACUACACCUGCUACGCAGCCAACACAGAGGGGUCCCUGAACGCGUCUGCGGCGCUCACUGUGUGGAAUCGAACCUCAAUCGUUCACCCCCCUGAGGACCGUGUGGUGAUUAAGGGGACCACGGCUGCCCUGCGCUGCGGAGCCACUCAUGACCCCCGGAUUUCUCUCCGCUACAUGUGGAGGAAGGACAACACUGUCAUCACUCCAUCUAGCAGCUCUAGAAUUGUGGCGGAGAAGGACGGGUCCCUCCUCAUCAGCCAGACGUGGUCAGGUGACAUCGGAGACUACACCUGUGAAAUCACAUCUGAGGGAGGGAACGAUUCCAGGACAGCCCGGCUAGAAGUGAUUGAACUGCCCCACCCACCCCAGAACCUCCUGGCCGGCCUGAGCCCCUCACACAGCCACGCCGUGGUGCUCUCCUGGGUCCGGCCCUUCGAUGGGAACAGCCCUGUUCUUCACUACAUUGUGGAGCUGUCUGAAAACAACUCUCCCUGGAAGGUGCACCUGUCAGAUGUUGGCCCCGAAAUGACAGACAUCACUGUGAGCGGCCUGACUCCAGCCCGCACCUAUCAGUUUCGGGUGUGUGCGGUGAACCAAGUGGGAAAGGGCCAGUACAGUGCAGAGACAAGCAGGUUGAUGUUACCCGAAGAACCACCCAGUGCUCCCCCGAAAAACAUCGUGGCCAGUGGGCGCACCAACCAGUCCAUCAUGGUACAGUGGCAGCCUCCCCCAGAAACAGAGCACAACGGGGUGCUGCGUGGGUACAUCCUCAGGUACCGCCUAGCGGGCCUGCCCAGCGAGCAUCAGCAGAGGAACAUCACCAGCCCAGAAGUGAACUACUGCCUGGUGACAGACCUGAUCAUCUGGACACAGUACGAAAUCCAGGUGGCUGCAUACAAUGGGGCUGGCCUGGGUGUCUUCAGCAGGGCUGUGGCCGAGUACACCUUACAAGGAGUACCCACUGCGCCCCCGCAGAACGUGCAGGCAGAAGCCGUGAACUCCACCACUGUCCAGUUCCUGUGGAACCCACCGCCACAGCAGUUCGUCAAUGGGAUCAACCAGGGAUACAAGCUUCUAGCAUGGCCAUCCGAUGUUCCCGAGGCAGUCACUGUGGCCACCAUCGCCCCAGACUUCCACGGAAUCCACCACGGAUACAUCACGAACCUGAAGAAGUUCACCGCUUACUUCACGUCCGUCCUAUGCUUCACCACACCAGGGGACGGGCCCCCGAGCACACCGCAGCUUGUGUGGACCCACGAGGACAAACCAGGAGCUGUGGGCCACCUGAGCUUCACAGAGAUUCUGGACACAUCUCUCAAAGUCAGCUGGCAGGAGCCCCUGGAGAAGAAUGGCGUCAUUACGGGCUACCGGAUUUCUUGGGAGGUGUAUGGGAAGAAUGAUUCUCGGCUCACACAGGCCCUCAACAGUACAACCCAUGAAUACAAAAUCCGAGGUUUGUCAUCCCUCACCACCUACACCAUCGAAGUGACUGCAGUGACGGCCGCGGGCGUGGGCUUGGCCACCUCAUCCACCAUCUCUUCCGGAGUGCCCCCAGACCUUCCUGGUGCCCCAUCCAACCUGGUCAUUUCCAACAUCAGCCCUCGCUCUGCCACACUUCAGUUCCGACCAGGAUACAAUGGGAAGACGUCCAUCUCCAGGUGGAUUGUGGAGGGCCAGGUUGGUGCCAUCGGUGACGAGGAGGAAUGGGUCUGCCUCUACGAGGAGGAGGACGAGCCCGAUGCCCAGACUCUGGAAAUCCCAAACCUCACGCCCUACACCCACUACAGAUUUCGAAUGCGGCAAGUAAACAUCGUUGGUUCCAGCCCCUUCAGCCAGUCGUCCCGUGUCAUCCAGACCCUGCAGGCCCCACCCGAUGUGGCUCCCACCAGCAUCACUGUGCGGACAGCCAGUGAGACCAGCCUGCGUCUGCGCUGGGUGCCCCUGCCCGAUUCCCAGUACAAUGGGAACCCAGAGUCCGUGGGUUACCGGGUGAAGUACUGGCGCUUAGACCUCCCAUUUGCUGCACUGGCCCAAGUUGUCAACAACCGGCUGGAGAGGGAGCUCACCAUCGAGGAGCUGGAAGAGUGGACGGAGUAUGAGCUGCAGAUGCAAGCCUUCAAUGCCAUCGGAGCUGGGCCCUGGAGCGAGGUGGUGCGCGGCCGCACACGAGAGUCAGUUCCUUCAGCUGCCCCUGAAAACGUAUCUGCAGAGGCCGUCAGCUCUACCCAGAUUUUACUGACAUGGGCAGCCGUCCCUGAGCAGGACCAGAAUGGGCUCAUCCUGGGCUAUAAGAUCCUGUACCGGGCCAAAGACCUGGAUCCUGAGCCCAGAACGCACGUCGUUCGAGGGAACCACACUCAGUCUGUGCUGCUGGCUGGCCUGCGCAAGUUCGUGCUGUAUGAGCUCCAGGUGCUGGCGUUCACCCGCAUUGGGAAUGGGGUCCCCAGCUCACCCCUCAUCCUUGAGCGCACCAAAGAUGAUGCCCCAGGCCCCCCAGUGAGGCUGGUGUUCCCCGAAGUGCGGCUCACCUCGGUGCGGAUCGUAUGGCAGCCCCCGGAGGAGCCCAAUGGAGUGAUUCUGGGGUACCAGAUCGCCUACCGCCUGGCAAGCAGCCGCCCCGACACGUUCACCACUGUGGAGGUCGGUGCCACCGUGCGGCAGUUCACAGCCACCGAGCUGGCCCCAGAGUCUGCGUACGUCUUCAGGCUCUCCGCCAAAACCAGGCAGGGCUGGGGGGAGCCACUGGAGGCCACGGUCAUCACCACUGAGAAGAGAGAGCGGCCGGCCCCUCCCAGAGAGCUCCAGGUGCCCCAGGUGGAAGUGACUGCGCGCACCCUCCAGCUCCAGUGGGUCCCAGGCAGUGACGGAGCUUCCCCAAUCCGGUACUUCACCGUGCAGGUCCGAGAGCUGCCUGGGGGCGAGUGGCAGACCUACUCCUCAUCCAUCAGCCAUGAGGCCACAGCCUGCACCGUGGAGAGGCUGAGGCCCUUCACCUCCUACAAGCUGCGCCUGAAAGCCACCAAUGACAUUGGGGACAGCGACUUCAGUUCAGAGACUGAGGCGGUCACCACUCUGCAGGAUGUUCCAGGAGAGCCUCCAGGGUCUGUCUCUGCUACACCGCACACCACUUCCUCCGUGCUGAUCCAGUGGCAGCCUCCGAGGGACGAGAGCCUGAAUGGGCUUCUGCAGGGAUACCGGAUCUACUACCGAGAGCUGGAGUCUGAAGCAGGUGCCAGCCCUGAGGCCAAGACACUCAAAAGCCCUUCUGCACUGCGAGCUGAGCUCACGGCCCAAAGCAACUUCAAGACCGUGAACAGCAGCUCCACGUUAACAAUGUAUGAAUUAACACAUCUGAAGAAGUACAGGCGCUAUGAAGUGAUCAUGACCGCCUACAACAUCAUUGGCGAGAGCCCUGCUAGUGCACCCGUGGAAGUCUUUGUCGGCGAGGCUGCCCCAGCAAUGGCUCCGCAGAACAUCCAGGUGACCCCACUGACAGCCAGCCAGCUGGAGGUUACAUGGGACCCACCACCUCCAGAGAGCCAGAAUGGGAACAUCCAGGGCUACAAGAUCUACUACUGGGAGGCAGGCAGCCAGAACAAAACAGAGAAAAUGAAGGUCCUCUUCCUCCCGGAGCCCGUGGUGAAGCUGAAGAACCUGACUAGCCACACCAAAUACCUGGUCAGCAUAUCUGCCUUCAAUGCUGCUGGAGACGGGCCCAGGAGCGAACCCCGGCAGGGGCGCACCCACCAGGCCGCUCCUGGGGCCCCCAGUUUCCUGGCAUUCUCCGAAAUCACCUCCACCACACUGAAUGUGUCCUGGGGGGAGCCAGUGGCAGCCAAUGGCAUCCUGCAGGGCUACCGAGUGGUGUAUGAGCCCUUGGCGCCCGUCCAAGGUGUGAGCAAGGUGGUGACGGUGGAUGUGAAAGGGAAUUGGCAGCGCUGGCUGAAGGUGCGUGACCUCACCAAGGGAGUGACCUACUUCUUCCGUGUCCAAGCACGGACCAUUGCCUAUGGGCCCGAGCUCCAAGCCAAUGUCACGGCCGGGCCGGCCGAGGGGUCCCCAGGUUCCCCUAGAGGUGUCUCGGUCACCAAAUCCACCUCGGACCUGACCCUGCAGUGGACAGAGGGCAGCGCUGGCAGCACGCCCACCACCGGCUUUGUCAUAGAGGCCAGGCCUUCAGAUGAAGGCUUGUGGGACAUGUUUGUGAAGGACAUUCCCCGGAGUGCCACGUCCUACACCGUCAGCCUGGACAAGCUCCAGCAGGGAGUGACAUAUGAGUUCCGUGUGGUGGCCGUCAACAAGAUGGGGUAUGGGGAGCCCAGCAGGCCCUCCCCAGCAGUGUCAGCCCAAGUGGAAGCUCCGUUCUAUGAGGAGUGGUGGUUCCUGCUGGUGAUGGCUCUCUCAAGCCUGAUCAUCAUCCUGCUGGUGGUGUUCGCUCUGGUCCUACACGGGCAGAACAAGAAGUACAAGAGCUGUGGUGCAGGUAAGAGCAUCUCCAACAUGGAGGAGUCUGUGACCCUGGAUAAUGGAGGAUUUGCUGCCCUGGAGCUCAACAGCCGCCACCUCAAUGUCAAGAGCACCUUCCUGAAGAAGAACGGGACCAGGUCCCCACCCCGACCAAGCCCUGGUGGUCUGCGCUACUCUGAUGAGGACAUCUGCAACAAGUACAAUGGUGCUGUACUCACGGAGAGCAUGAGCCUCAAGGAGAAGUCAGUGGGUGCAUCAGAAUCUGAGGCCUCUGACUCGGACUAUGAGGACGCGCUGCCCAAACACUCCUUUGUCAACCACUACAUGAGCGACCCCACUUACUACAACUCCUGGAAACGGAGGCCCCCGGCCGCGGCACCGCUCAGGUACGAGGUGGUGGCGGGGGCCGAGACAGGUCAGCACCCGCCCCCGGUCAUCACCACGCAGAGCUCAGGUGGCGUCUACGCCCCAGCAGGCCCGGGCACCCGCACCCCCCUCACCGGCUUCUCCUCCUUCGUGUGACACCGUGCCGAGGCCGGGCAGAUGGAUGUGAACCUUCCGGAGUCUAUUUUUGUUAAGACAGCCAACUCCAGGAACUGAGCUGAGGUUUUUGUUUAAAAAAAAACUCUGAUAUGCGAUUUUACCUACUCGUGAGCACUAGAUUUCAAUUAGGAAGGUUUUUUUAAUGGCUUUUUGUAACACCACUGCAGAAAGCAGGGCUCUUUGUUUUCUUUUCUUUUUAAGAGAAGGUUUGUCCCCGGUGCAGUGGCUCAGCAGUGCCCAGCUCUGGGCUUCUCAGCCUCCAAGCCAGCAGAAGUGGCAAGGGAAUGAAUGGAGCCCCGGGCCUGCUCCAUCUCUACCUCCUCUUCUGAGGACCAGCUCUGUCUUCAGACAACUCGGGCUCCUGGCUGCUGGCCCACUUGCUCGUGGGUGUGGCGGGCAGGCGCUUUGACCUGGGCUCAGUCAGAACUUUGUGACCCAACUGGGCCGUUUCCGGUUCUGAAACGGUCUCACCCGGCAGUUCCUAGGCGAGGAAUCAGCUUUAAGGGGUGGGGGGUGAUGAGCAACUUGCAGGUGGUGUCCUGCACUCUGCCCAGGCUUCUCCUGCCUUCUGUCGUUCCGGUGGUGAAAUAUUCAGGGCUUUCCUUUCUUCCUUUCUUUCUUUCAAGCUGCCCCAGCAGGAACAGGACCCCCACCUCACUCCCAGGCCAGCACACGGCCCACCCCACUGACAGCGAAGUGAGCCGGUGUUCGCAGAGUUGCUUGUUAUGUAGGAAGUGUGCAUUGUUAACCAGAGUAUUUUUUAAAUCUUUUUAUCUUUUUUUAAACUAUGUCACAUGAAAUGAAUUCGUCUUUGCUGUCUCCAGGUGCCUUUUUAUUAAUUGUUGAGCUUUGUACAUGGGAAAGACGAGAAGCAACCGUGUCUCCAAAUAAAGCAAAACAACUCUGAGACCCGGCCCUGAGUCAGCGAGUACACCCCCACCCCGGGCCGCCUGUGCACCUGGGGGCGGCCCUUCCAUUUGUCGCCUUGCUCUUACCGGCCGCCCCUGCUUCUGACUGCCAGUGCUGCUUCCCCAUCCCCACCCAAGGCGACCUUACAGCCUUAACGGGUUUUCUGGGAAGAGUUUUUCUUUAAUUGUCACUGUUUUAAUUUUUUUUAGCUAACUGAAAAUAGUGUGGACUCCUUUGAACACUUAAGAGUUCAGACCACAGCUGUGCCUCUGGCCUUUCCCAUUAUUUUUGCGACAGAUGGCUGAAGUCAGCUCCUCAGCCAGGGCCCAGGUCUGGAUGGAUGUGAGCAGAGACUCCUGGUACCAGGCAGCAUGUGUGGCCUGGUGCUCAUGAGCACCCCACCUUCCCACAUGUUGAUGACACAUGACACUGGAGACCCUCUGUCAAUACCCAAACCCAGCAGGAUGGGGUGGGCGUUGUCCUCCCAAGGACCUCAGUGCCCCGAGCGGGGGGACUUGCUAGGCCAUGGCCUGGCAGAUGCCACUGGGAAGCCAGUUCCAUGGCCUCAUGUAGGCCAGGGGGGAUAUUGUCUCGCUCCCUUGCUUUCAGAGUUUCUGGGUGUGGCCCGAAGAGGCCAAGGAGAGGUUGAUGUGGGGUAAAAACCCUUUUCAGCUUCCCCAAAAUAGCAAGCUGAAGAGUCCUCUCUUCCUUUCUUCCUUUUGCCCUCCCUCUCUUCCUUCUUUUUCUGAAUGGAAGGGGAAAUAUUCUAAACCAAAAAUCCUACAUGUUCUGCCCAAAGCCACUUCUGCGUGAGAAUCGCCACCCAUAAUCCUCGGGGCCGGGGCGGGCGGCGGGGGGGGUGGCCUCAGUGGACAGAGCUGCCUCCUCCUGCCACCCUAAAGAGCGGGAGUGGACAAGAGGCCCCAGCACAGCCACGUGAGCUCCCGGAGGAGAACGCUCCGCAGAGGCAGAGGGCUGGGCCACCACCGUGACUUGCUCUUAAGCCAUAGGAAAAUUGCUUUAAAGAACGGAGGCAGCACCCAGACGCCUUGGCCUGAGGUGUCAUUUGGCUCUCGGUUUCUCAUGACAGCAAUGUGGCACUUUUUUUUCAGACUCAUAUUCCCUGAGCUCUCAGUAAACUUUUUCACACGCAGUGGUCUUUUGAGGCUGCCCUGGCCCUGUGGCUGCUGACAAACCGUUGUCACUGACUGCAGUCCAGCCCAUCACGCUGAGGAACUGUCCCAAACGAGCCACCUGUAUCCAAGGAGCAGGGCCAGGGCCUCCAGUUAGCUUUCUGCCCUCAGAGCAGCAUGGACACUGAGGCCUGCUCAGCCCUCGCCUCCCGUCUCUAGGAGAAUAGGAACAUGGACAAUGGGUUGAAACCGCUGUUCUGAUCAGAGGACAAGCCACAGUUCCAUUAAUUGAGGCGAGCAGUGGGUGUUCCUGCUCUCUGUCCACAGAGCUGAAAGCCAGCCCUGCAGGAGCUUCAGAACCAGCAGCCGGCGUCUCCCCACAGAAGCCACACCAUGCUGGGGGUUAGGCUUGCACUGCGAGGUGCGCUGCCCUUCCCAGGACACUCGGCCGUGUCCAGGCUGCCCCUCUGCACCUCUCCCCUCCCUGCUUGUCUUCCCCACCCCAGAGGGAGAAGACAGGUGGAGGGUGGCAGCCUCUCCCUCUCCAGCCCCGGGAGAACACACACUGGGUCCCAGUCAGCACCUGAGUACACUUGCUGCCCUCAUGGAUGGCGCUCGUCGUUGUAAAAGUCUUAGAGACUGUGCCUGUGCUCGAUCUCACCUGGCGUGAAGUGUGUGCUGGUGUCACACCACAGUGUGGAGCAUGGUUUUUCUUUUUACAUGUUGUGGGCACACAGCGCGACUAUCCCCAAUGCACAGCUGUCCACGUACCUGGCAUGGGCACCUUCAGCUCUGGGAAUCUACAAGGGUCCAGGCAGAGGCAAGAACAGCAUGAAAUGCACUGAGGUGCUCUUCUGCACCCAGUGCCACCUUCCCAUUCAGAGAGCUCAGGGCAGGCCCGGAUUUCCCCUAUAAUAGUGUCGGAAAUUGUGCAGAAAACCAGAUUCAUUUUAAAAGAAAGAAAGAGAAAAAAACAAUCCAACAACUUGUAGGAAGGCAGAGAGGUGCUAUGGUACACUUUUUAAUAAAAAUAUUAUUUUGCUCCUUAA